AUAACAUACAUAAUAUAUAAAUAUAUCUCAUUACAUAAUUUUAUCAUUAAAAGAUAAGCACUCUAUAACGAAUGGUUCGUGAAAAAAAGCUGGGUGAUGUAUUUUAAAAACUGGUGAUUUAUAUAUUUAGAAAAUAUUGUACAAUGGUUCGGCAAAUUUUUAUUGGUCCUAUGAUUCAUACAGAUGAAAAUGGUGAAUUGAUUAUUAAGGAGAGUAUUGCUAUAUUUAUCGAAGAUGGCAAGAUUAUUGAUGUUAUGGAAAAUCCAACGACAGAUCAACACAAGAUAGACGAUUUUCAUGCAGACAAAGUUAAUAAUUUAUCAUAUGGAGAGUUUAUGAUACCUGGAUUUAUUGAUUGUCAUACUCAUGCGGUGCAGUUUCCAAAUCUUGGAUUGGGUUACGACAAAUGUCUCUUGGAAUGGCUGGAGACCUAUACUUUUCCAUUGGAGAAGAAGUAUACUGAGGCAAAAUUUGCAGAGCAAGUCUUUGAAGCAGUUGUGAAACGAACUAUUGAAGUAGGUACAACGACAGCAUGUUACUUUGCAUCUCUGUAUAUCGAGGCAUCUGUAAUUCUCGCGAAAAAAGUUGUAGAACUGGGUCAACGGGCUUUCAUUGGAAAAGUAAACAUGAAUGCUCCACGGAACGAUGGAUAUUAUGAAAGCACGGAAAAAUCAAUUAAGGAUACUAUAGCCUUUGUAGAAUCUGUUGAACAAAUAGGAAAUCCGCUUGUAAAACCGAUUAUUACUCCAAGAUUUGCAUUGAGCUGUAACAUGGAAUUAAUGCAAGAGCUAGCAAAGAUUGCUAAAGCAAAAGAUUUACAUAUACAGAGUCAUGUCUCUGAAAAUGAAGCCGAAAUAAGAGCAGUAAAACAAACUUUCAAAGAACAAUCAUCAUACAUGGCUGUUUACGAAGCCGCUGGUCUUCUUACCAACAAAACAAUAUUAGCACAUGGAAUCCAUCUUGAAGAUAGUGAACUUACCAUGCUUGAGAAACGAGGAACAGCUAUAAUUCAUUGUCCAUCUUCAAACAUGUAUCUGAGAAGUGGCCUUUGCGAUGUGCGAAGACUAAAAGCUAAGAAUAUCAAAGUCGGCCUUGGAACAGAUGUUGCAGGUGGAUCAAGUUACAGUAUGUUAGAUGAAAUGAGAUCGGUUUUACAUGUAUCAAUUUGUCUAUCUCUAAUGAAACAUGAUCAUGUACCAUUUAAUUACAAAGAAGUCUUCCAUAUGGCAACAUUAGGAGGUGCUAAAGCACUUUCGAUUGACGACAAAGUCGGUAACCUAAUGCCAGGCAAAGAUUUUGAUGCUCUCAUCAUAAAUUUGAAUGCAAAAAACAGCCUGUUGGAUAAUUUCAAAGAAUACACACUUGAGGAAAAACUCCAAAGAUUUAUAUAUUCCGGUGAUGAUCGUAAUAUAGUAUCAGUUUAUGUUAGAGGUAGAAAAGUUAAAUAAGAAAGAGUCUUAUUUUUACACUACAGAUGCAUUGUUAAAUAACAUUUCAUAAUGGAAAUAAGUUGUUGAAGGAUUUAUAUAAAACUACUUCUAUUUUUGUAUGUUAUAUACGAAUUUAUAAAUGAUAUUUUGUAAUAUUGAUUAAAAUUAAACUAUAAA